CAGACAACCUAUUCACUCCCCAAUGGGUCCUCCUUAGCUUGGCUAUCCUUUACACGGCUAAAACAGCCGCCGACCGUCUCCGCCGCCAUGGCACGCCAUUGAGCGAUAUCCGGGGCCCAGAGAACCCCUCUUUCUGGACUGGUCACGAAAUGCAGAUUCGCGAGUCGCCAGAAGUUGGUGAACUCGAAUUCAAGUGGGUUCGCGAGUAUGGGUAUACCUGGCGCACCAAGGGCUGCUUUGGCUCAGAUGUUAUCUGGACUGCGGAUCCUAAGGCCCUGCAAUAUGUCUACCAGACGUCUGGUUAUCGGUUCUCCAAGACCAAGCUAUCCAACGAGACCGCCAAGUUGAUGAUGGGUCCUGGCAUAGUGGUUGCGAGCGCUCAUGAACAUCCUCGCCACCGACGUGUCAUGAAUCCUGCUUUCUCUGCGGCUCAGGUCAGGUCAUUCUUGCCGACUUUCAAAAUGAUAGCUGGCAAGCUGGUCCAAAAGUGGAAAGAUCAGCUGCAGACUGAUGAUCAAAGCGGAGCUACCAUCGACGUUAGCAAGGGUCUAUCUCGUAUGUCAAUGGAUAUAAUUGGUGAAGCGGCAUUCAAUCAUCAGCUCAACACACUUGAGGGACAUCAAAAUGAGCUCUCGGAUGCCCUUGACCACCUUUUCAUUGACACCAUACCCUACCCCCGUGCUUGGGACCUCAUGUGGAAGGCGACGUGGGACUGGAUCCCAUCACCACUCCUUUUGUGGAUCAAGUACAUACCUACCAAGGAAUACUCAAACUUUGCCCAUUAUCGGAACACGUCGACUCGUGUUGGGAAGCAGCUGUUGAACGCGGGAGCUACCGAAGAUAAAUCGAAGGAUGUCCUUAGCAUCUUGGUACGCGCCAACGCAGCUGAGGACGCCCGUGGUCGCCUCGCCGAACCUGAGCUGUUGUCUCAAAUUUCGACGCUGCUUCUAGCGGGUCAAGACACAUCGUCAUCGACGCUCACGUGGUCCCUUUACGAACUCGCGAGGCAUCCUGAAGAUCAGCAGAAGGUUCGCGAUGAAGUUCUUGCCGCUCGCGAGCGAGUCCGAGAGCGAGGUCUUGAAGAUAUCAGUCCGGCCGAUCUCGACGGCAUGCCCUUUACAAAUGCUGUCAUAAAGGAAACUUUGCGUUUGCACCCUAUCGUCCCCACUCUGAUGAGGCAAGCGGACUAUGAUGACGUCCUGCCACUUGCUCAACCUAUCGUGACCCGGACUGGUGAGAAAAUCUCCGAGAUACCGCUCCCGAAGGGCACACAGAUAACUGCCUCCAUCGCUUCGUACAAUCGUAACCCCGAGGUUUGGGGUCAGGACGCUGACGAAUGGAACCCUAUGCGAUUCCUGAACCAGAAGACGGGUAAGGCCAACGUUGGCGUGUUCGCAAACCUGAUGACUUUCUGUAAGAAUCCUGAUCUUUAUUACGUUUUCUACGCUCAUCCUCUUUUAGCUGGAGGGAUCCGAGGAUGCAUUGGGUGGCGGUUUGCUGUUCUUGAGAUUCAGGCUGUCUUAACUGAGAUGCUUGAGAACUUCAAGUUCGGCAUUGACAAGGACGUUGAGGUCAUACGCCUGAAUGCUGGUUUGAUGAUGCCUCUUGUGAAGGGUAGGGAGACUGAAGGCGUCCUGAUGCCGUUGAAAGUCUCUGCUUUGUAGUACGUUUAUGCAUUGAAAGCAAUGGACACAUCACACUCUUUAGUUAUUCUCUAUAUAAUUAUUUUUGCACUG